AUCAUUUAUUUUUGAACGAGGUAUCUAUUUCAAUCUGCCGCAAUCAUUUAUUUUUGAACGAGAUAUUUACUCCAAUCUGCCACCUUAAAUGGAAUCCGUACCCGUUUAUUCUGUACUUUGAGAUACUGCUUUGGACCUCGACGUCGGCAAUGCCGUAUGUGGCCACAAGAGGUGAUGGGACCAACAUUUCUCAAUUCCCAUUUUCGUCCCCUGAAGGCCAUCAGGAAGAUCAAGACUCAAAGAGGUCUCGUAACCAUGUCAAUGAGCCUGAACUCUCAACCAAUCGUUUUGAAGACGCCAAUGGAGUCAAUUGGAAGCGGCGAAGUGGUCCAAAGCUUUCCGGGCGGCUACCCCUCACUCAGUCCGAUGAACCCCAACGGAGCCCAGAUGAUGUAGAUUGGAUCAGCUUGUCCUUAUGCCAGCUGACGUACCUCCGCACCACCUUACAAACGGCCCGGAAUGCUAACCAUGUCAGAAGGGUUGAGUUAAACAGCAUCGGAGUCGCCUUAGACAGCAUCCGUUCGCAAAUCCACUGCAACGAUGAGCCCAAGUUGAUUUCUACCAAAGUCUCCCCUACACCAAGAAUCUCUCCCUUAAUUACUUCCCCAAUUCACUUGUCAAUAGCUCCAGCAGGUUUAGCGACCGCACGCGUAUCCGAUGGGCGUACAACUCAAAUUUCUGGUCUCCAGUUUCCAGCUCCGCCUAGAAGUUCAUCUAUUCAAAGUCCAAUGACAGUCACGUCCUGUUUUCCGACACUCAAGUCACAAGAUGUGGGCCGGCUUCAAAGCUUACUUUCACCUUCCGUCCACCACUCAUCUGUAGCUCGGGAAAAAACUCCUACCGAUCCGAAUCUCAAUCAUUCUUAUCGUAGCUUGCCACGGUCUCCAGCCCACCAGCAUAAGAAGUUAGAUUCUAUAAACUCAGAUACAUUGUUUGACUUCUCCUCUCGACAGAGUGCGGAUUCAGAUCUCUCAAUUUUUUAUCAGCAAAGUCUCAAGCGAGAAAUUGACAACAGCACGUCUUCCGAUACUGAACUUCUUUCGGCGCCGCUGAUGACAAGCCCUCUGCCCAUACACUACUCGCCGAUAAACCACUAUCAAGACAACAUCGAAAUGGAGUGGGAUAAGAUCGAAGAGGAUAUCACUCACAUACGUCCCUCGGCAAGAUGGCCGCGCUUCUCGAAACUUAGAUCUCUAUCUGACAAGAUCAGAGUGGUCUCACGUCAGAAACGCCCGACGCAAACUAGGAGCUUACCUCAAAUGUUGUCGCAUGUUUGAAUAUUCAAUCUCACAAAGUGUAACCAUCAGUUGAAGUAUACCCCUGUGCAACCGAUCUUUUCUGUUAUGACACGACCAAUGAUGUUCACGUUCUCUUCUCUGAGGUUAUAUGCUCAUUUCACUCUCAUCUAGCCAUAGUAUUUCCAGGUACUUCUAGGUACUUUUAUAUUUUCAUAUCCUGGCGGCUGCUAUAUCUCAUAAUUUAUCAUUCUAGCAAUCGCUGUCCAUUAUGCAUAAUCUUUAAUUAGCCAAUUUAAUCUAUACCUUCGUUUUGUUAUUUGAAAAUUCUGUUUGUAUUGUUUGAUUGUAGGAUUUAAGAUCAAUUGUGAAGACCUCAUCAUAAUAUUUUUAGGCUCUAGAGGGUAUUGGUUUACCACGAGAUAAACUCUGGUUCACUCUUACUGCCCUUUUGUGACAUGAAGUUUGGUCAGAAUAAUGUCAUGUUGUGUGAAACAGUCAUACAUGGUUGACACUGAACAUUCUUGUUUAUUUUGAAGAAAACUAAAUAUGUAUCGCCAUCAAUCCUAGUAAUCAUAAAUCUAAGACUUUAUGUAUU